UCAGAAGGACUUUUGUAUUUGAAUAGAAAUACAGAAAUUAUGCCUAAAAAAGCAGGGAGGAAAGUAGGAGGUGGAAAACAUGCAGGGAUGACAGAGGAGGAGAGGCUUCUGUACAUACAGCAGAAAGCUCAAGCUGACGAGGAUAUGGCCAAGAGAAAAGAAGACAUGCUUACACAGUUUCUCAAGGAUAAGUUGCAGAAAGAAGAGAGGAACACCGCACUGAAUCUGCACAAGCUGCAGCAGCAGUGGCGUGCUGUUAUGAUGCAGAUGAAGACUGCAGAGUUGCGCAAUGACAUGGCAGUGCUCUCUCAGACCUUUGAGAGAGUCCUUGACCAUAAAGACAACUUCAUUAAGAGUUUGGUGGUUGAUCUGUCUGAGAGGGAGCAACAAUCGGAGCUGGCGCGCAGUUCUCAUUUGCAGAACAUUGACUGUCUAUUAGAGAUUCAUAGGCUUUGGCUGGCAGAACUAGAGCUAGACUUCAACAACCGUCUAGACGAACUUAGCUCAGAGUUUAAUACUGAGAGAGACCAGAUUCUUUCACAGCACCAGCAGGAAAGUAUGUAUUUGGAGAAUGUGAUGUUUUCCAUGGAGCAGUGCUAUGCUGAUCUGGAUAGUGAGGCUAGACGUGACUACCAGAGCACUAGCAAUCAAAUAAAAAAACAGAACAAUGAGGAUCAGCUAGCAGUGCAAGCUCAGAUGGAGGAGAAAGUGGAUGGACUGUGGCGAGACUUGCAGCAGACUUUACACAGCUACAAUAAGGCUACUGAAAACAACUUCAUCGCAACGGAGUCUCUACGCGUCAAUGAUGAACAAAGCACUAAAGAGAUUGACACACAUAAAAAGCUCAUUCAGAAACUUCUGGACACCAUCACAACUCUGCGCUCUCAGCUGAGCUCCAGUCAAACUGAAGAAACAGCUCAGCAGCUUCGUUCAGUCCGUGAUGGGUUUACGCAGGAAGUCCAACAUUUCAGAACCCAGCUCGGUGUGGCCCAAACACUUUGGAGACAGCAACUCACAACACUUACUGUUCAAAGCAGUGAUGCUGCUAAAAAACUACAGGAGAUCAUAGCAUUGGGACAAAAGUUAAUGCGUCUCGCUGAGAUGUGCCGUAAGCUGGAGACAGAGCACGAGAAGGUUCUGCCCUUCUACACAUCAUCAGUAAGUGCAGAGGAACUGAGUCGAGAGAAAGCCAAUGCCAUGGAUCCUCCAUCUGAGAAACUUGCUCAGCUUAUGCACGACUGUUCACCUCUGAGCAACCUCUGGCAGCGUUUCAACAAGGUGCAGCUGGAACGUUUGUGUCUAAUGCGUGAGAAGUCAUUUUUAGCCCGGGAGAACGAGCAAUUGAGAAUCUAUCUGAAGCAGUACCUGGAUGAAAUUUGGGUUUCUGAUGACAGUAUUCAUCAACAAAACCUCCUGGUGGUGUCAUCUCCUCCUCUUCAUGUCUCAACGGCUACCGAGAGACGCGAGCAAAAACGCUAUGUGGUCCAAGAAGCAGCAAAUGUUGGGCAGCAAAGGCUUUAAUCCAUGUGAGUUGUGUGAUGCAAAGGUAUCUGACAGGGAAAUAAAAUGUUUAUUUAACUA